AUGUUGAAGGAUCUUCAAAAAAUAUAUACUAAGUUAGAGAACUUGGAGUGUGAGGAUGCCAAGCUUAGUGAAGACGAGAUGUUGAGUUUCCAAUCCAUGCUAAGACAACUCCCUAAUUUUGAAGAUGUCAGCAACCAGUUUCGGAAGGAAAUUUCAAAAUAUGCCAGGACUUGAGUUUUGCCACCUAGUACUGUGUUUAUUACUCCUGAGGAUGCCGUAAUUGACAAGUACAUCCUUGUAAAAGGAUCGAUUCAGAUAUCAAUCUUCAGUCCUGAAGAAAGCCAUGGAAAGCAGAAAAUCUUAUCACCAGGAGACACUUUUGGGGAUUUCUCAGACAUUAAUCCUGAAUGAAAGUGGGAGAAGUUGUAUGUGAAGACGUUAGCUGUUGGUGCAGAGACAAUCAAAUUCUCUACACUGGAAAUUCUGCCAGGCUUGACAACGUUAAGGAAGGAGCUUGAAAUACAGAUAAAAAUGGAACAUCUUUGCACAGUAAUCCCUGAACUCAGAAACCGAAAUAAAGCAAAAAUAGGGAGCAUUUGUGAUUGCAUGAUGAAGGAGAUGUUGUACGUGAAAGACACUUACCUCAUCAAGGAAGGAGAGAAGGCAAACUAUAUUUACAUAAUUAAAUAAAGGCGAACUCAAAAUAGUAUCAUCCAAGAAACUUAGAGGCAGCAAUAAGAACUUCGUAGAGUUUCAGAUAGGUCGAAUUGGAGAGAAAGAAUGGGCAGGAAUCGAAAUUUUAAAGCUUAGAGGAAAUCCUAUCCCAUUUUCUAUCAUAGCAAUGACUCAUGUGGAGGCCUAUAGAAUUAAUACAAAGAGAUCAGACAACUUAGAUUCGAAAGCAAAAUCAAAGAAAGAAUGGAGCAAUUUGCCGAACGAAAUCUUAUCCAAAGUUGAAUUAUUAGCUCUAGAAAGGCUAAAAUUUUUAGAGACGAGAAUCUGAGAAAUUAUUCAUAGUAUGAAGAAGAUAUCAAAACUUGAAACUUAUUCUCAAAUUUCAAAGGAAGAGUCAAAUAAGAUUAGUAAAUAAGUUUCCUGCGGCUUCUAAAGGAGCUUUGAAGAAUCUUGCAAGUAUCGAGUUUAUUAAUACUGUGAGGAACGAAUCUAGUAAUUCCAUAAAUAUCUCCAGGCCGAUGACUAAUUUCAAACAGUCAAGGUAUAGGAAUCUCUCACAAGAUUUUGAGGCAUCUAGUCAAGCAUCUGGAGUAAUAGAUUUCGAGAAGGUAUCGACACGGACUAUUCCUCCCUCGAUGGUGGAUUCGCAUAGAAAGCUACUGUUUGUACAGCCCGGAAAGUACAUUAACAAAUAUUCAUGAAAAUAAGUUUGAGGGAAUCAAUAUGGCUUUUUCCUCUCGCCCUGGAACUAAGUCUGGAUAUUUUCCUACUGCAAUUAGUGAAAUGGGACUAACUGAAAGAAAACCUGAAAAAGAAACCAUGAAUAAUUUUAUGAAAACUACACUUCAGACCAGAACUUCAAUGGAAGGAACACAGAAUAUUGAAGUACCCUCACUCAAGAGAAGGUUUGCUACUAAACAGUUGAAGAAAAGAGAAAAAGCUCUUCGCUAUUCUCGAUCUUUAAAGCACUUACCAAAAAGACUAUACGGGACUCCUGGAUACCCUGUAGAUGCAAAGGUGUACCUCGACCUGGCUUGUCACUACAGAUACUUUAAUGAGAAUAAAACAGCUCUCCCAACUUAUGACUCAAUGAAGUUUAACAAGAAGUCAACAAGAGAUAAAUAAAAUGAAAUAAAUUUCAACAGUAA